GAAACCCUGAAAACGCACCCUCUUCACACACAACACACAGUAAACUAUCCCACACAAAUGGCGCUCUCCAAACUCUCAUUGUUCAACCACCUCACCAAAACCCUAACAAAACCUCGCCCUUUGCGGUUUCACGCGCCACCACCCACCUUCCUCCCAAUCCGCCUCUUCUCCUUCGCCACCCCAGAAGAAGCCGCUGCUGAACGCCGCAAGCGCAAACGUCGCCUCCGCAUCGAGCCCCCACUCUCCGCCCUUCGGCAUCAACAACAGCAGCAACCUCGUCCUUCUCCCUCUCCAGCGCCGCAGAACCCUAAUGCCCCCAAGCUUCCAGAGCCCGUCUCAGCACUUUCCGGAAAUCGCCUCAACCUCCAUAACCGUAUUCUCAAGCUCAUCCGCGAAAAUGAUCUCGAGGAGGCGGCGCUCCUCACGCGUCACUCCAUUUACUCCAAUUGCCGACCUACCAUUUACACUUGCAAUUCCGUUAUGGCUGCUCAGUUGCGGCAGUUAAAGUAUUCUGAGCUUCUCUCUCUCCACAGAUUUAUCACCCAAGCCGGCGUCGCAGCUAAUGUCGUGACGUACAAUCUUCUCCUCACCGUUUAUCUCGAUUGCCGGAAAACUGAUUUGGCGUUAGAGCAAUACAAGCAGCUAAUUAAUGAUGCCCCGUUUAAUCCCUCAACCACCACUUAUCGCAUUCUGAUUAAAGGGCUUGUGGAUAAUCAGCAAGUUGAAAAAGCGCUUGAAAUUAAGGAUGAAAUGGAGACAAAGGGGUUCAAACCAGAUCCUACAAUCUAUUCCUACUUGAUGUUGGGGCAAGCGAAGAAUUCGAAUGCAGAAGGGGUUUUUGAAUUGUAUGAGGAGUUGAACCAGAAAAUGGGGUCAGAGGAGAUUUUAGAUGGGGUGGUUUAUGGGAAUUUGAUGAAAGGGUAUUUUUUGAAAGGAAUGGAGACAGAGGCUAUGGAAUGUUACAAGAGGGUUCUGGGUGAGGGCUCUCCUAUUAAGAUGAGUGCAGUUGCAUAUAAUUAUAUUUUAGAGGCUUUGAGCAAAAAUGGCAAGUUUGAGGAGGCACUGAAUCUGUUUCAGAGGAUGAAGGAUGAGCAUAAUCCUCCAAGAAAAUUGAGUGUGAACUUGGGGAGUUACAAUAUCAUAGUUGAUGGGUAUUGUGCAGAGAAGAGAUUUAGCGAUGCCAUUGAGGUUUUCAAUAGCAUGGGAGAGAAAAGGUGCAGUCCGGAUACUUUAUCAUAUAAUGUGCUGAUUGAUCAGUUGUGUAGUAAUGAUAAGUUGGCUGAGGCAGAGGAGCUGUACAAGGGGAUGGGCGAUAAGAAGGUAAGUCCAGAUGAGUAUACCUUUGUUACCCUGAUGGACACUUGCUUUAAGGAGAAUAGACCAGAUGAUGCAGCCCAAUACUUUAGGGCUAUGGUCGAGGCUAAGUUGAGGCCGAACUUGGCGGUCUAUAGCAGGUUGGUUGAGGGAUUGGUUAAAGUAGGUAAAGUUGAUGAGGCGAAGUCAUUCUUUGACUUGAUGGUGCCAAAACUGAGGAUGAAUGAUGAUGCCUAUAAGUUCAUCAUGAAUGCGUUAUUUGAGGUCAGGAAGCAUGAUGAAGUGCUGAAGAUUGUUGAUGGUAUGUUGAGAGAGGAUCCAAAUGAUUUCACUGAGGAGGUAGAGGAGUUUGUUAGAGAAGGGUUGAGAAAGGAAGGGAGGGAAGAUGAGGUGACGAAUCUUAAGUCAGACAUAGAACGGGAGAAGGCUGAGGCAGCAGCUAAAGCUGCUGAAGAAGCUGAAAGAGCCAAGGCUAGUGCUAGGGCUGCAGUUGCCUCUCUAUUGCCCUCUAAGUUGUUCGGCAACAAGGAUAGUGAGAACAAGGAUGUAGAAGAGGAGUCAUCUGAAGCCUCUGAGGAUGCUGCAACUACCUCUUUUUCUGAGAAAACAGAAAUGCAGGCUGGAGAAGGAAUUGCUGAUGAAACUUCUGCAGGUAUUACUUCAUCCAACAAUGAUGUGGGACAAGAAUCAGCAGAAAGUGUAGGCAAUAGUGUAAGCGAGCAAGUAACAGUUUGACAGGGCAAGUUUUGAACUGAAGGGCAAUAUUAUUUCUCCUUUGAAAAAUUUGAGCAUAAUACUAAUAUUUGCAACCUCAUUCAAAUGAUAUUUUAUGAAAUUGAGAUACGAGGAAGUGUAUUUGUAAUGCAUGUAGCGAUAGUAUGGAGGAUGAUGCAGCCCACUUGAUGCACCUUUAGUUCCAAUGUUGUUGAUGUGGCUUCAGUCCACAGAAACAACAAAGAAAAAUUUCCUUCCGUGAUUUUUUUGGUGCAUGUCUUAUUCUUCAGUAAAUAAAUAGGAAAUCUUGGUGGUUGGA